GUUCCCGGAGGUGAGGACAAGGUUCCUGGCGGUGAGGACAAGGUUCCUGGCGGUGAGGACAAGGUUCCUCGCGGUGAGGACAAUGUUCCAGGCGGUGAAGACAAAGUUCCUGGCGCUGAAGACAAGGUUCCUGGCGGUGAGGACAAGGUUCCUGGCGGUGAGGACAAGGUUCCUGGCGGUGAGGACAAGGUUCCUGGCGGUGAGGACAAGGUUCCUAGCGCAGAGGACAAGGUUCCUGGCGCAGAGGACAAGGUUCGUGGCGCAGAGGACAAUGUCCCUGGCCGUUAGGACAAGGUUCCUGGCGGUGAGGACAGGGUUCCUGGCGGUGAGGACAAGGUUCCUGGCGGUGAGGACAAGGUUCCUGGCGGUGAGGACAAGGUUCCUGGCGGUGAGGACAAGGUUCCUGGCGGUGAGGACAAGGUUCCUGGCGGUGAGGACAAGGUUCCUGGCGGUGAGAACAAGGUUCCUCGCGGUGAGGACAAUGUUCCAGGCGGUGAAGACAAAGUUCCUGGCGCUGAAGACAAGGUUCCUGGCGGUGAGGACAAGGUUCCUGGCGGUGAGGACAAGGUUCCUGGCGGUGAGGACAAGGUUCCUGGCGGUGAUGACAAGGUUCCUAGCGCAGAGGACAAGGUUCCUGGCGCAGAGGACAAGGUUCCUGGCGCAGAGGACAAGGUCCCUGGCCGUUAG